GCAGUACUCUGUCAGAAACUGCAUACUAACAAAUUCAACCUGUUUACACUAUUUUAUCUUAUUCUGUAAUCCGAGAUACGAAAAUACACCCUUAACCAACAUUCCAAAAGUUAUUUUGUUCAAUAUUAACGUAUCUCUUCCUGUAAAAAAAAAAAAACAUUUUUAAUUUCUGUCUACAAAAAAUAGCAAACGACCAGGGUCAGCUGGUUUACUUAUCAGACCUCAAUCUGUUUUGUAUAGGUUUGCCUUGAUAUGGGAAUAACAUCAAUAUCAUUUACAAUUAUGAUCAAGAAGAGACAGCAGGAUGUGGUGGGGUUCUUGGAGGCCAACAAGAUUGUGUUUGAAGAAGUGGAUAUAACCAUGGUGGAGGAACAGAGACUGUGGAUGUACAAGAACAUUCCCAAAGAGAAGCUCCCAGAGAAAGGGAACCCACUCCCACCUCAGAUAUUUCAAGACGAAAAGUACUGUGGGGACUAUGAAGAUUUCUUUCAAUCGAAAGAGAACAACACUGUGUUUUCAUUCUUAGGACUGAAUUCCCAGCCGUCGGUGAAGGAUUCUUAAUCUUAGAUGUUGAAAUUGUUAUUGUUGAAGACCUUGGGAUUUCGGCAUUUCUUCUCUUUUCCUACCUGAUCAAUCACCAAGCCACUGCUGCUUUGCCAAAUGUCAUUGCAAUGUUCGGCCUGCCAAAAGCCCGAGGGAGACAGAGCUCUGCCAUGGAUGAUGGGAGUUUUUUUUACAGAUCUUCAUACUUAUUUUAUUUGAAUCUGGCCUUUGCUUUUUGCUGAUAACUUGAACACCAGUGCUUUCAAGCCAUGCCUUAUAUAAGGGACCUGAUUUGGCUCAAGAAAGUAUCUUUUGAUCUUUUGUUACUUAAAUCAGUAGUGUAAUCUCUAAUUAUAGGGUAUAGAGCAGGGCUUUGACUAAAAUAGGCAAGAAGAGAGUCCGUUUUGCUUCUGAAAGCUGAGUGCAUUCAAAUCUUUUUAAUGCUCCUUUUAAAAAAGUUUCCAAGAAGCACAAGCUGGAACAUGAAAAGAUUAAAAUCUAAACACAAAGGGAAAACUGUAAAAGAACAUUUUACUGAAUGAAAUUUACUUCAUUUAAAUUUACUUUACAUUUACUAUAUGAAAUUAACUUUCAUACUUGGUUUUUCUUUAUUUUUACUUUUCAGCAAGGAAUUAACAUCUACGUGUUCCUUUGUAGCCUGGCUGCUGAUGCAGCUCCCCAUUACGUCACCUACAGAAUGUAUGGUGCUAAAAGACAUUGCUAAAAGAUUUUUUCUGAUGUUCAAAUUCUACAAUUUACUCUGAAUGUGGAUGAAGUCCUCUGUUUCUGGUUUUCUGUUAACUGUGUUUGUAUGACAAAAUUGUAGCCAUGCAUUUUCCAUCUGGGGUAACUGAACGAGGAAGUCACAGUUGUGUAACUGUGAAUAAACUGAAAACAGUUUGAAAAAAUGUAGGCAGUAUCAAAUGUACACUGCAGUAUAUUAACACAGAGGCCAUAAAUUAAAGUGAAAAUACUUGUCGUGCUUCCAUCAAUCUUCUUUCAUUCUCCUAUUAAAAUGUCAUGGUUGAAUGACUCAGUUUACACAUUUCAGGGCCGCUGAGCUUUUCCCAUGUAACAUAUAAUAAUAAGAUCCUAACGCUAAUAGCACCAUUGUUCACACAUUGUGUACAGACUGGUUGCUCAGUGGAACUGCUGAUUACCACAAACAGAAUAGGCCCUCACCAGUUUUCUUCAGACCAAAUUGGAGUUUACCUAAUCGCUCAGUUGCAGCACUUCAUGACUUCCUGCAGUUUUUUUUAUCGCAGCAUCCACUUAUAAAGUAUGGAAAAUCCCCAUAAACUAGAAAGUACUGUAUGUUGAGGUACUUUGGGUGAUAAAAGCUACAUAUCAGUCCCAGUGAGUUGUGAACUUCCUCACACCUGCUUGGGAAGUGGUGAUGUGGAGCAAUAAGGCACAAAAGUUAUUUUAAAGUUAGUUAUUUUGCUCUCUUAUAGAAUCACAGACCAUCACAGGUUAGUUAGUGACAAUGCAUGUUUUUCUUAAUUUUCCAAGGUGCUUAAGGUUUCCUCAUUUUAUCCGCUGUGCUGUAUGGAUAUAGUCGUUAAGAUCAUUAAGAUGUUGCCCCUAAACUUUAAAGCUGCGCAGAACUAAUGGACCAUCCAAAAGCUGUGCCAGCCCACUUGUAUGAUCAUAACUCUUAACUGCCUCAUGGAUCAUCGACAAAUCUUUCAAUAUAGUUUAGAUUUAAACUGAUAGACCCACCUAUGAGACGCUUAAGACGAGAGCCCCAGUUGUGGCAGCUUUAUCUCUCAAAGAUAAAUAUUAUUAUCCGUGUAGUCAAGAGAAAUGUCCAGGCACACAGGGCAAAGCCUUGUAUUGGCAUUGCCAUUAAUAGCAAUAGCAAUAGCAAUUGGUUAGCAUUCUGGGCCAAAUGACCUCCUUUUAUUUGCAGCCUUAAAUAUGUUCUUCCAUGCAUUCUCCUCAUCUCCCCAUCUUCCCCAGGUUCAGUUACCUGUUUGCAUGAUGCAUUUUGAAUCUGCAAUCAUUUCUUUCUUGUGAGAAAAAAUCCUCUGUCUUGUGCAGUAGAACACACUGAGACUGUACUUCAAAACUACAGUAUAGGAGAGCAGUAACAUUUUUUAUAACCCUGUAGACAAUACCAAAGACCAGACAUGGUUUAACCACACUGUGCAAAUUUUAACAAAUAUAGAAAUAAAAAAUAAACCGUAUUCCAUGUUUAUUGAUAAAAGUAGCUAAACUAUGUAAUGAUAUAUACAGUGGUGUAUAUUUAUUACAGACCACAAUAUGCAAUGCAUUAUAUAUUGUUGCUGUGAACGGUGAUGGACUAUUUACACGUUAUUUGUAUUUCAUUGAUUUUAUAAAACCUGUAUGCGGCAAUCCUAAUAUACAAUAGUUGCAAUAUACAAUUGUUCGUAUCUUUAAUGUUCUUUGGCUUGUUCGUGCAGUGUUGCAUGUAAGCAGCAUUCUGUAUGGCUGUUAAUUUAAUAGUUCACGUUGUCCAUACCAUGUAUGCAUGUAUACAUAUAUGGGUACAUAAUUGUCAUUGUUAAUAUUGGGAACGUUUUGUGUGCCUUAAACAUGGUGUCAUUGUCUGAAUUACAGCAGCAGUGUAAUAUUUUAAUUAGCUUUGGGUACUGUGCCACUAAUGUUUUUGUAAAUGGUCUGACUGCCAAUGUGGAGGACUUGUAUCAUAGAAACUAGAUAAAUUGUAUUAAAUAGUGCAAUAUCUUGGGUACUGUAGUGUUUAGCACAGUAAGCAUAGUAGCCCUAUGUGCAUAAUGUUUUUUAACAUGACUGUUCACGUGUUCUGUAUGUUCAAUGAAUUAAGUAAAAAAUAAAUCAGAAUAUAUUAUAUAAUACACACA